AUGGAGAGGGGGCCUUACAAGCUGGAGGAUUUGACGGCGCUGCGACACCCAGACCCAGGCUUGGUGACCCAGCAGGAGAUCAAGGACCCCCGUCUCCAGCUCAUGGGAAGCUGGAAGAAGAUACGCGUGAAGGGCAUCGCCCCUCGUCAGGGGUUUGCGAGUUUCGUCUGGAACAGUCGCUUAUACGUGCUUGGUGGGGAGAAAAACGCGCUCCCGGGACCCUGGUACCGCGACUUCCACUACAUAGACCUCAAGGACCCUGAGGCAGGCUGGCGCGCCCUUCCCGCCUACCCCGUCUCCCCCGAGCGUCGACCCCCGAACGCGCGGGCGUACUUCCUCCACGGCCGCUCGACGCUCGACGUCUUCGACCUGCGCACGGACACGUGGUCGCAGGUGAAAACGAAGAUGGCGCCCGGCUCGGGCCCGUGGCCGCUCGAGUCGAGCUACAACGACUUCUGCAUCGCCCUCGUCCGCAGGACGCUCUUCGUCUUCGGCGGGACGACGAACUGGGCGCUCGGCGGAACAUGCUCCUCGCGCUCGACCUCGACACCACCUCUGGACGCGCCUGGGCGGCCAUCCCGAGGGGGCGUGCAGCCCGACUUUGGGUGGCCGGGGCCGCGCAAGCACGCGAUGAUGUGGGCCGACGCGGCCAAGGAGAAAUUGUGGAUGAUGUACGGGGAGGCGGACCGCGCGGGCGCGAUGCAGUUGGGGCAGAUGCAGCACGCCGCGAACGAGUCCUACGUGCACAGCGACUGCUGGUCGUGGGACAUCGCGCGCCGGGAAUGGCAGCAGGAGCGCAUCAACGGGAACCCGCCGUGCCCGCGCGCGGAGGCGGGGGUCGCGCAUAACGAGAAGCUGGGCAAGGUCGUCGUGUUCGGCGGGUACAACGCGGCGGUGCCGACGCUCCACGACAGACGCUUCUACUUCCACUUCUCGUACUACGCCGACACCUUCGUUCUGGAGACGAAGCCCGCCGACAACUCGCCGCCGUACUGGCGGCAGGUCAUCACGCGCGGGUGGCCCACGUACCGCGCACAGUGCAAGCUGGUCGCCGACCCCGACACCGGGGAGAUGUACCUCUUUGGUGGGUACACGAACUCGGAGUAUAUCAAGGGACGCCGAGACGUGAUCACCCGACCGUAUGGCGACCUGUGGCAGCUGAGGCUCGACGUCCCCGGCGGAGGCUUCGAGGACGUCGACCUCGCGGAGGAGACGCGCAGCGCGCGUGCGGGUCCUUGGAGACGCUGCUUCGGAUGUGGAGCCGGAGGACCUGGUGCGGGGCUGAAGAAAUGCGCAGGUGGCUGCGCGGGAAAGGCUGUUUUCUGUGAUGCAGAGUGCUUAAAGCAAGGGUGGAAGGAGCAUAAGGAGAAGGACAAGUGCAAGAAGCUGUGA